AUGAACAAUGCUGUUAUGAACAGUCAUACACACAACUCCUGGUGUGGGAAGUCUCGCUGGGAGAUAAUGAUGUUGAAAAUGAUCUUCAAUCAGACAUCAGUUGAGCACUGCAAGACACACACAGGAAAGGAGAAAGAAUGCAGCUUCUUCUUAAUAGCUGUUCGCCUGGCUUCAUUGAACCAGAUCUUGGAUCCUUGGGUUUAUCUGCUGCUAAGAAAGAUCCUUCUUCGAAAGUUUUGCCAGAUAAGGUACCACACAAACAACUAUGCAUCCAGCUCCACCUCCUUACCCCACCAGUGUUCCUCAACCUUGAUGUGGAGUGACCAUUUGGAAAGAAAAUGAAAGAACGGAGUUGGACUUUUUAUUGCAAAUCCUGCUUCCCUGAGUUUGUGUAUUCUUCCCACCUGAGAAGGAAAAUUUUAUAUUUUGAUUUGGAUUGUUUCUUCAUUUUUAUCUUAUUUUUUUAAUGUUGUUGUUUUUUUUGUCAGUGAUACCCACUGAGACCAGGUUUAUUAUUAUACUCCAUGCCUCCGAAUAUUAAAUUGGCUUCUUGAACGGGCUUUGAAUACACAUUUAAGAAGUUGGUCAGAACUUUACAGAUGAUGAUGGGUGAAAAAACUGAGAAAAAGAAAGACUGGUGUUUCAGUUUUUUCCAAAUUCAAAUCUUUACCUUAAUCUUAACCAAUGUGGACAUCUUUAUAUUUUAUGAUAGUUUUGAUUUUACCAUAUGAGUUUGAAAAGUCGGUGCAAGUUUUUGAUCCGAAAAGCCAAGAUAUGAGAGCAAGAAUUCAAGUAAAUGGACAUGAACUGAAUGAGAUAGAAAAACAUGCCAAACGAUGGCAGGAGGGUACCAUGACAAGGGAUAUUUAUGCCUAA